UUUUACUAUUCACUUGUAGACUUUCUUCUGUCCUUGUGCAAGAAAACAAGAAAUGUUUUGUUAUUUUAUUAAUUAUUACAACAAAUUAAUCCAUAUUUUAAAGUUUAGCAGGAAUGAUAACAUAUAGUAGUGAUUAACAAUCAUGGUGAGAUCGAGGUUUCCUGGUAAACCGUCGAAAUUUCACAAUAGGAAACAAGUAAACGUAUCCAAACUUACAUCUGCUCAAGAAAACGAAAAUGCUAAAGCAGCAGAACUUAUCUAUCGUAAUUUGGCAAUAUUUCAUCAAACAUUUGGACCUGAAGAUCCUGAGGGAGAACCAUUCGCUGGCUUCAGGUCCAGUGAUAUCAAAGCGUCAAAACAAACAGCACAGCAACGAUUCGAAGAGAUCAGUAAAGGAAUCAAGGCACGACAAAUCAUUUAUUUACCGCAAGAAGCUCCAAAAAAGGGUCUGCCUAGUGGAGGCGCUGGCACUUCGAAAGGUGUCAAGGUGCAGAAAGCUAGUCGAACAUCAGCUAACGUAAAAAAGUGUAGCGUGACAUUGAACGACUGUAACAGCUUUAAUUUGAACUGUGAUGCUGGCAGUAGUCACGUCAGGCGGAUUCUGGAGGAUGUGGAGGAAGAAGUGGAGGAGGAUGAAGAUGAUGAUGAGUCAACUGGUAAGAAAGAAUUGUUGAAACGCAAGAAACAGUCGGUGAGACUCGUCGCUGCUCCGAACAAGCGCUUCUACGAUCACAACAGCGAUGAGAGCCUGGGUGAGUUGAACUGCAACAAACUGCUCGCUGCGUCGCCCGGCAAAAUAGUCCUGAAGAAAGCUCGACUAAUCGUUGAUGUCUCCGGUGACGCUUGGUCGCGGCAAGCGAGGGAUGAAGCCCAGCCAGCAUCCGACGUCGAAAGCGAGACGUCGUCCGUGAAAAGCUCGUCCACGUCGGCGUCUUCAACGGCCUCUGCCUCGUCGAGAGCGUCAUCCGUUUCACAGGAGUCGUGUGCCAGUGACUAUGGUCAGUGCAGACCUACAACUCCCGAGCCCAAGAAGAUCGUGCUUCGGGAAGCUCGCUUGGAAGUUGACACCCAGAGCAUCACUAAGAAAAGUGGACUAGCUCACAGGAUCGUCUGUGGUGUAUGUGGCGCUAUAAGGUUCUACAAGUUCCUAAAACAAGCCAGGAAGUUCGGACUAUGGAGCUGCGAAUCGUGCAGAAAGUUUGUGUCGAGGAUGAUCCAGUUUGCAAGUCCUGUUACAUGCAUCAAUGGCGAUGGUUCUUGCAAGAUCACCAAAGAGGAAUCGUCAAUAGUUUGGAACACUCGCAAAAAGGAUGUGGUGAAAGAGAUUAAAAGCCGGUGCAGAGCUUGCUGGUUGCUGUUGUGCAUGAAAUACUAUCAGAUGCCAAUCAACAUCAAGAUCAAGCUCAAUCAAUCGUUACCGCAGUCUAUGAGAGAUCCUGAACUUCUCAAAAAGAAAUCGGCCAUUAAUAAGUCGAUUAGUCAAAGAAAGUCUUCUGGUUCUUCAAGUGAAACUAAAAAGCCUGUUCCAAGAAAAUUAGGAUUCAGAAUCUUGAGAAGGUACUCUACUGUUAGAGGCGCAAGAACACAGCUGGGUAGAAAACUACGAAAACUUGGUAGACACGAUCGUGGGAAGAUCACUGUCGGAUCAGACAAGGCGGCUUCUGAAAGUGCACUGUCCAGGAAAAGGUCUGCAAGUGGACCAGUGAAGAAAGUCAGAUUUACUGAUAACAGCGGCUCUGAAAGAGUCAACGCUAAGCAAACCACAACACCACAAGAUGCUCCUAAGAAAGAAGAACUUCGUAACAGUAAAAGACUCAGGGACGGUUCAACCAAAAAAUCGGACAAUAAAGAAAUUGAUGAUGGAGACCUGAACCAAUUGGAUGAAGGUGAAGAAGACUCGGAAAUUGAUUUAAAGCUAUCCGAACUGUCCAAGAAAUGCGUUUCCAAAGCGCUGCAAUCCAACAGCGAGUCUCUCCUCAGUACGGCGACCUCGAUGUCGCCCAGGCCUCUCAUUCACUCUCCCAAACUGCGUCUCGACUCUCCGAUUAUAGACUUGACGGUGGAGGAACAAGGAGAGAAUUCGGGAGAGAAUAGGAGGCCGAAACGACGCGGUUCCCAGUCGUCACAGGUUGAACAAGCAAAGAGUGACAAAUUGGAACAAGAAAAAGGUGACAGAUUGUCGCAGGCUGCUCAGCCGAAUGGGGAAUCUACGAGGCAAAAGCGGAAGGCGGCCCUGAAUUCUAGGGCUAAUAUCGCGCGGGUGGCGGGUCGCGUGACUGAGUCGAAGACUCCCGCCGACAACAAACUGGAGGUGGCUAAGAACCUGAAGAAGCGAGCGACUGCUCUAGCUAGGAAGGAGGUUGCGCCCACCAAACCAAAGCAAGAUGUGAAGAAAGUGAAGAGAAAAAAGAAUUUAGAGGCUUCUGCAGUUGUAGACCGUGUUGCUGAUCGCGGACCACGUGUCAAGCAUGUCUGUCGCAGCGCUAAACUGGCUCUAGGCUCACCUGUAGCCACCUUUUCUUCUAAUCAACCAGUAUCAGUGAAGUCUAAUGCUAAAGAAAUGACUGUUGAAGAAGAUGACGAUGAUACACCGAUAUUUAUACCAAUUCAAUCUGACAACCCAAGUAUUAAAAACAAUGCUCCUGAAGUUACCAAAAGCGAAGAGGUGAUCAGUAUUAGUAGCAGUAGUAUAUCGCACAGACUGAGGCAGCCGUCAACCGAGAUUUCUUCCAGGGAGAGAGACGAAAGCUCUCAACUUUCCAGAAUUAAGAGCAGCCAGUCACCUCCUAAAUACAUUGCAAGAACCCUUCAAGACUUGGGAAAACAGAACUGUGAACUACUGGACGGUAUUGUGGAAGAGCGGCAAGAUUGCAUGGUGACAAUGGACUUCUGGGAGAGCUACGACCCGGAGGAAGUCUCCAAGACAGGCUUUGCUCUCCUCGGUUCGGAUCUCUCCUUCAGGGUUCCCUCUCUGUGCUUCCUGUGUGGCAGUGCUGGAAAAGAUAGGCUGAUCCACUGUGCCUGCUGCUGCGAGCCGUAUCACCGCUACUGCGUGGAGGGUGGCACCCGUGACUGGGGAGGGGAUGGUGAUGACCCCGCCUGGUGGCGCAUCGACUGGCUGUGUCCCCGCUGCACCGUGUGCGCCGCCUGCGGCCAGGCGGGCAGUCGGGCGCACCUCGCCUGCAACAAGUGUCGGCGCACCUAUCACGCCGACUGUCUGCCCAACGACCGGCUUGCCAGGCUGCAUUCCACUGAUCGUGCAUGGGUGUGUCACUCUUGCUUGAGAUGUAGAAGCUGCAAUGACAAGUCCGUGUCAAUGUUCGUAGGCAAUCUGCCACUAUGUAACCCGUGCUUCAAGUUGAGGCAGAAAGGCAACUUUUGUCCUUUGUGCCAGAGGUGCUAUGAUGACGAUGACUUCGACACCAAGAUGAUGGAGUGCGGUAAAUGCAAAUGUUGGGUUCAUGCUAAAUGUGAGGGAUUAUCGAAUGAAAAGUAUGAAGUGCUCAGCUUUCUGCCAGAGUCAGUCGAAUUCAUUUGCAAGUUAUGCGCUGAAACAACACCAGCUUCUUGGCGGACAGCUAUCGAAACCGAGCUUAGAACCGGUUUCAUGAACGUUUUGAAAUCUCUCAGUAAAAACCGCAAAGCUUGCGAGCUGUUGAAGUCAAGUCAGAAAAACUUUUUGUCAAUCUGCAGCUGCGUGAAUUCGACUGUACGCGCUGGAACAAAGUUUGCUGAGAUUGGUGCUACAGAUUCGUCAGUUUCUCCAAUCGCCAAAAGUGAAUCAGCUGACUCGCAACGGACUAGUGAGCAGUCAGUUAGUUGUGAUAUGAGUGAAAGUUCCAUAAACACAGAGUGCCUUCCAAAUCCAGAUCCCACCGAACCCAGUUUAGGGAAAGUCAAGUCUCAACAAGAGGAGUCCAAGACUGAAGGAACUAUGGUUUUACCCCAGGAACAGUGUCUUCCAAGAGUUGAGCUGCAGAUUAGGUCGUCGGACUUUGAUCAACAGCUGUUUCUUCCGAAUGGUAACAGACUGUCAGACAGCAAGGCUGCUCAGUAUUCCCCACAUGCUACAUCGCAAAGUGACUCUGGCAUUGGGAGUACUGACGAUGAGCUGAAACCUUCUCCAGUUAUCAACGAUGCAGCAUUAUCACUGCGCAAACAGUGUUUCUGCUAUGAACCCGAAAGCAGGCGUAAAAGUACUCAACCAACUUUGAUACAUGUCAAAAAGAAAGUGUACAGUAACGAUUACACAUCGCUGUUUGAGUUCCAUCAAGACAUGCAGAAGGUGAUCUGGUCAGCUGAUGACAUUGAUCUGAGCAAAUACUAUAAUCAGACUCUGCAGGACAUUUUCCCCUGGUUUGACCCCAAGUACUCGCAGGUGUGUCAGAGGAAGGAUACCUCGAUGAUUGUAACGCCGAAAAAGGACGAAGCAGAUAAAGAGGACAGUGACGAAGAACAAGAUUUCCGUGAAAGCUAUAAGAAAACUAGUGAGAUUUUGGGAGGACUCCUCGAUUUGGAUAAGGAUUACUACUACAGAGGGUUGAAGUUGGCUGAUGUGAGAGUGUGUGUUCUGUGCAAGCAGGAAGGCGACGGAGAGUUGAUCGCCGAGGGCCGACUGCUGUACUGCGGCCACAACGAGUGGAUCCACGCCAACUGCGCGCUCUGGUCCAACGAGGUGUUUGAGGAGAUCGAUGGUUCGCUCCAGAAUGUGCACAGCGCCAUUUCUCGUAGCCGACUGAUCCGUUGUGUCGACUGCGACAAGCGGGGAGCCAGUGUGGGCUGCUGCUACAAGAACUGCCCCGAGUCCUACCACUUCCCCUGUGCCAGAAAGGGGCGCUGCGCCUUCAUGGAGGACAAGACCAUCUAUUGCAAUCUGCACAGAGGUGCGUCCCGGUCACGACCUCUGCUCGCCAAAGAAUUCCCCGUUUAUCGGCCAGUCUACGUCGAGCUCGACCGUCGCAAGAAGAAGUUGGUUCCUCACAACCAGGUGCGGAUCAUGAUCGGAUCGCUGUCUGUUGACCACAUCGGUGAGUUUGUUGAAGAAAUUUCCGACCACGAAUCAACUAUCGUUCCUUGUCAGUUUGUCUGCACUCGUCUCUUCUGGUCAUCACUGGAGCCUUGGCGUCUCGUCCAGUACACUGUCAGAACAAGGAUACUCAAGACAAAAUCUACUGAUCAUUCAGUGGAAACUGAAGCCAACUUCACAUUCGAUCACUCUUUAGAACACAGCAACACACUACCUAAAAAACCCAACGAAUCUGACGAACAGAUUCAUUGUGAAGUGAAACAGCUGUUGGAUUCAAUGUUGGAUGCAGUUUGUGUGAAAGAGGAGGAGAGCUGCCUUUCAGACGCACAAAAUGCGGCCGACCUUCUGCCUCCUGAACUGAAAGACGCAAUCUUCGAAGAUCUGCCUUUCGACUUGCUCGACGGUAUUUCAAUGCAGGAUAUUUUCCCGAAAAUGAUGAGCUACGACGAUCCUAUGGAUGUGAAAAUCGAAAAAGAGUGCAGACCUGAUGUGAAAACGGCAGACAGCGUGUCCAACAAACCACCGAAAUCUUCCAAUCUUCCCAGACUCGAACAGACCAACAAACGGUUACCGCUCUCUCUCAAACAUAAAAUGCAUGGAACUUCAACUGGAAAAACUCCGAGAUUCUCUUCUAAAGAACCUAUCAAACCCAAAGCGAUAGUGAAGCCUGAUAUCAAUACCAAAGUUAGUAAUCGGUUCCAUUCUGGUGUUGGGCCUAACUCUACACCCACUAAAAUCGUGCAGCUGGAUGGUACAGUGGAUUACAGCAGCGAAAGUGAGUUCCCGGCCAAUGAAAGCGACGACUCGUCCUUCACCCCCACCUUGCAUGUGACUAUCCAAGACACUGUUGCUGAGAAUGUGGAGGAACGUAGUAGGGGUUACGAUCAGCUGAUGAAGUGCAGGCUACUGCAGGUGGAUGGUGCCAACGAUUUGACUAGUGACAGCGAAUCGGGAAGUUUGAAGCAGGAGGAGGAGUCUGACUACAGCGAUAUCGAUCAGCUGGAUGGAGCUGUUGAUGUGGAUGUGAGCACGGAUGACAAACCAGUGAAAUGCAAUCGGUGUCAUCGCACCUACCGCACCGCGCUCAGCUACCAACGACACUUCCCAACGUGUAGCUCGGAUUUCAUCUCAUCGUGUAGUGAGAGCGACUCCAGCGAGGAGGAUAAGGUGCCCAGUCCAGCUGCUGCCGUGCCCACUCUGCCACCCAUCCAGGAAGAAGUGACACUCGUCGAGCCAACCAGUGACUACUGUCAGGGCACCGAGGACGUGGUCGAGUACGUGGUCGAAACCCACGAGUCGCCCAACGGUGUUCAACAAUCCAUGUGCAUCAACAGCGCUCUCUACGAUCAGUCAGAAAAUAUUGUCGACACUACAGACAACGAAAUCUACUCCUAUGUUGAAGAAACCGAAGUAGUUCAAGAAGUUCCCUUCACCAGCACUCCCAGUGUCCCACAAAACUGUAUUAUAUUGUCCAAUGAUAACGACGGCAUCAAAUUGAAACCUUGUGGUGAAAAUACAUAUUACAUUGAUGAUAAGCAAUUCAACAGUGCUGCAGUGCUGAAUAGUUUGAACCAGCUACUCAACGCGAAGAAUGAGCAAGCGAAGAAGCCGAAAGUUUCAUUUGUUUCCACGCCUGUCAACCAUGCAAUCAAUGUGGGUCCUUCUCAGAGCUCCUCGUCACAUCAAGUGAUCGAUUAUCAGAAUCAAUCUUCACCAACAAUAAUUCUCCAAUCAGUGCCAUCGCAGAAUAGAGUCCAGUCGUACCCAUCUUACAUAGACUCCUAUCCUCAACAGACGUCGCAGCAAGGUAUCCAAUACAUUGCUGCAAUCGAGCAACCAGAGAAGCAAUCCUAUCCUCUGCUGUCUCAGUCCUACCAACUGCAGUCUUCGCCAGUCCAAACAGCUGUGAUCCCAACGGUGCUUGGCACUAUCAUACAGCCGAACGGAGGAAUGGAGCAGGUCAUUCUAAAUACCAACACAAAUAGCAUAGACGGUUCUGGUGGACAGUUAGUCUUUGGACAACAGUCGACCGGAAACAAUCUGUACAUUUCCAAUCAGCCUCAAAUGUACGUGAAUAUGGAAACGGUGGUUAGUAACACUGUGAUGUCUUCUAGUCAGUUUGUGUCUGUGCCAGGCUCGGUUCCCGGUAUGCUUAGCACGUAUUCUGCAACAACAACACAAGUGUAUCAAGCUGCAAAGCCAGUCAUCGACUUACCGCAGAGUUAUGUGAUACUUAAUACUUCACCAACUUCAGCGCAGGUUGUACAAAACGGCAACAGCAGGUCUCCGAAUAAUAUUCCUACUCAACCUCCACGGCCUACUGUAUCAUUACAGAUUCAACAACCUGUCAAUUCUGCUCAGUUACGACAACAAGCGCCACAACAAGUACAAGUACAACACCUACAAAAAUCACAACAACAAAAUUCUCAUCAGCCACAACAUCCACGACAAAACAACCAUCAACAACAACAAAAUAAUCAUCAGCAAUAUCAACACCAACCACAAAACCGUCAGAACCAUCAUGUUGCACAAAAUCAUCAUCAGCACCAGACACAAAAUCACAAACAAACCAAUUACCCCAGCAACCAAACAACUCCGAAACAAGUGCAGAAACCCCCCUACAGUAGUAUUCGCCAAAAGAUUAUUGCCGAAUGGAGUGAUAAGGAUGAUGUUAUUGUCAAGCCUGCUGUCAAACCAAUAGAAAAGCCAGCCCCCAUUCGGAAGAAUCACGACGAAAAGAAAAAAGAUUUGUUCAAGAUGGUGAAUGCCACCGAACAAACUAUCGUUAUAGAAUCGGUUGCACCUUGCAAAUUCAAGUAUAAACCGUUCAAUGUAAAAACGGUUCCACUUCAAAAAGUGUGUAAACAAUUUGUCAAUGCUAUUCCUAUUGGUAAAGUUUCGGCUCUUCCUAAAAUCAACCCCCCUCAAAUGAAGGUGUUUCCUCACAAAAUUAUUCCUGUUCAAAAGUUUGAAGAACUGAAACCUGAAAAACAACAACCAGUAAAACAGUAUGAGUCGUGUGAAGAAGCGUUUGACCGACUGAAAAAUUCCGUCAAUAAAGCAUCUUACCAGUACAAGAGUGAUUCUAACAGCUCGUGCAAAGAUGUGCAAACGAAUGGCCAUCUAGCUAAGAAAUCGCUGACUGAAGCAUUAGUGAAAGCGUCCACCACUAACAUAACAAACUCGGUAGAUGCUAGUUUAGCUGGGCGUACGCUUAUAAAUAACAAAAAGAAACCAUUGUGUUAUCAACCACAGCCUCAACCAACAGUAUUGAAUGGAAAUCAAGUCCAUCAAAAACCAUCUUUUGAUGCUAAAGCAAAACGGAAAGAUCUGGAGGAAGCCAUGUUGUUAGACAAAGCUUUAAAUGACGCAGAAUGUAUAAUUGUUGUACAGUCGAAUACGGACGUUGUUCAAAUCAAGUCUAAUGAGAAACCUGUUGUUGACAAUGUAUUACCUAAAUCAAUUAGUGUUAAUACGGGAGCCAAAGUAGAUACAGGAGGUAAGAAAGAGAAUGUUAAGGUUAAUGGUUCUAAACCAAGUAAGAGUGCAAAAUUGAAAACGCAGGGAUGCUCGAAGAAGGAGGCGUUGAAGAAAAUCAGUGACACAGUCAAAAGUACAAAGAAAUCGACGUCGCCGAAAAUUAUCUUCGAAAUCAACUCACAGGACGGUUUUUCUUACUCGUCCUCCUGUUUGGAAGAAGCUUGGGAAAAGGUGUUCGAAGCCGUACAAACAGCGCGGCUGUCUCGAAACCUGCCUCCGCUGCCGAAGAACCCGUUUCGAUCGGUGAAUACGAACAUGAAGAUGUUGGGCCUGGAUAAUAACAGUUUGAAGUAUAUUCUGGAGCAGAUACCGGGUGUGAGGAAGUGCGUCAACUAUCGGCCCAAGUACCAUAAGAAGGACAGACGGGUGGAGAGUGAGCUGCGUGAGGAGAAGGAGAACGAGAGUGGGUGUGCGAGGUCGGAGCCGUUUGCGGGCCGCAACAAGUACGACAUGUUCAGCUGGUUGGCGUCGCGACACCGACGCCCGCCCAAACUGCUCACGUCCGAGACCGACAUCGUCAACGGAAACCGGGUUAUAAGAUCGGCACUGACUGACAAGAGAGAAAGGUUCUACACAUCGAAGGGGAUCGGCUGUUACAUGUUCCGUAUUGACGACCAUUUUGUUGUUGAUGCUACAAUGAAGGGAAACGCGGCUAGAUUUAUAAAUCAUUCAUGCGAGCCCAACUGCUACUCAAGAGUUGUGGAUAUUCUGGGCAAAAAGCACAUUCUGAUUUUCGCCCUCCGUCGGAUUCCACAAGGGGAGGAGCUGACCUACGACUACAAGUUUCCUCUUGAAGACGACAAGAUCAGGUGUCACUGCUUGUCCAGGAAGUGUCGCAAGUAUCUCAACUGAACUAUUGUGCCUCAGGCCACUCCUACUCACCAUUAUCACAAUAGGUUAAGUUGUUUAGUAUUUUCAUUUAGUUUUACAUUUAUCUUAAGUAGUCGUUUAUAUUCCUUACCACCAGAAAUUCAAUGUAAAAAUUAGAAACUCGUUUACAGUUUUUUACAAUAUUAUGUACAUAGAAUAUAAGAAUGUUUUAGUAUGUCAAGGUUAACAAUUCUAUUUCUUAGUCUCACACAAUUCUCAAACAUUAUUUCUAGCAUCUGUUAUUAAAAUUUAUAACUUUCUGACUCAGCUACAGUAUAUCUCAAUUGUAAAGUUUCCCAAAUCCCAUGUUUAAUCAUUUUCAUCCCACAAACAAAAGGGCUCUAACUCAAUAUUCAGUUUAGAAAUGAGGUGAACAGUAAUACUUGGAUAGCACUAUUCUUUUAAAUUUUGAGAAUUUGAUUGAAAGCCUUGAGACACGAACCAUUUCCCUAGUAAUUUAUAGAAAUUUUAGUGUGAGUUGUAUGUUUACCAAAGCUGUUACUAUUAGAUUUGUAUAUACUUAAAUUUUAAGAUUUUUUGUCUUGUUUCUACUAAAUUGGUGAGGAAUUUGUAUCCAGUUCCAUUUCGUGACAUAUUUUGUUAAUAAAGCCAACCUUUAUAUUUUGACGAGACUUAGUCCAAAACCCCCUUCACCUGUGAUUUUGUUCUUGUAAAACGCCUCAUUUAGUAAUCUGUGUAAUUUUAAAUGUUUUCAUAAUCAAUUAGAAUGUUAUUACAAUCAUGAACCUAGUAAUGAUGAGUCCUAAAUCUAUAAUUGUUGUCUGAUAAAUUUUGUAUAAAUGAAAUUUCGGUUAGCAGCAUUGAACGGAGUAUAUUAGUAUUAUCGAUUAUCGAUAGUAGUAUUAGUAUUGAUCGAUUACUUCGCAACCAGUCUUAUUUUAUUUGAAUGACAAUAAAAUUGUCUCCAUAAUGAGAAGAUUGAAACAUGUCUUGAAGUAUAAAUCUGUCCUAUUUUUUUAUUUAUUGUUCUCACAUACCGUUGAUGAUACAUCACAAAUCUGCAAGAUAUUGACGUUUAUUGAAAACUCUAUAUAACCUAUUUACUUUGACUCGCAUUUUAUCUCGUUUUUUUUUCAAUAUGUGACUGACUAGUGAGACUAGUCUUUGGCAUAGACUUGUCAAUUGACAGAAUUUUAUUGUAUGCAUUGGCGUAGCUACUAUUUCUACUGUUUAUAUUUUUUCGAGGAUUACCUAUUUUUCAUAUACUAUUAUUCCUGAUAUUCUUCCUGGUUACUUGGCCCGUGUUGAUGGUCUCAGUUUUUAUUGUUUCAAUUCAAUAAAGAAUAAUAUUAUUUACUAUCAAUGGAUAGGUUUUGAUUAUUAAAAUAUAUACCGGUAUAACGUUUUGUAGUCGAAUUUUUCAUGCUAUAUUACAUUUAUGUUCAAUUCAAGCCCAUCAAUGCGUUGUUCUAUCUCCUUAUUCGUGUGUUAGAUAUUAGGGAUCUCAAUUAUAUAUUAUAUCAUGGUUAUAUCUCUCUGUUUGUAUUCAGUUGGUAAGCAUACUAGUUUCAAAAACAGUAAUAUAUUUUAAUUUAUAAUAGCAAACUUAAAUUUUGCAAAACAAAAACAAUUGAAAAUACAUGCUAAAUUAAACUAAAUUUUGAAAUUAGAUUUUAAAAAUAUUAAGAAUUACAAAAUACAAACUGAACUAAAAACUUGGUCAAUAAUAAUAGUAUGGAUCAAUGCGACUAAAAGUAAAGUAAACUAAAUGAAAAGUGAAGCCCAUUCGAUAAUACACUACUAGUAUAAAAAAUGACAAGUGAUGAAAAAAAAAUAAAAAGUGAUAAUAAAAAUUCUUAUCUCUAAAUAAAUUUAUUUUAAUAUGCCGUUUGUAAAAUCAGAUGCAAAUAAUUUGGGUAGAAGUAUGUCUGCAUUCAGGAGCAUCACUAAAACUGAUUAACUUGAAUUAAGAUUUAGAAUUUACUGAAGUUAGACAUAGGCUUAUUUUUAUUGCUAUCAAUUAAUUAUUAUUUAUUAAUUAAAACAAAUUUGUUCAAUUUGUGAUUCAAAGUUCUCGUGACAAAAAAAGCCAAACAAACAGAGAUUUCUCCAAGUGACUCCGUAGCGCUCCGUUGAUAGCGCGCGGAGUUUAUGAAUCAAAGAAUAUUUUAUUUAAAUUUAAUUUUUAUUUUAUACUUCAUUUCAAUUUUAACCCAAGUUUUUAAUCGUAAGAUAAAAUGAUUCAUGUAGAAGCUACGUGUAUUUUAAAACACUUUAUUUUAUUUGGUAUUUUUUUUUUUUAAAUGGACUGCGCUUUUAACGUUAAUUUUAGAAAAUUUCUAUAUUUAUUCAUAAACAAUAGAUUAUACAAUCCAGGUAAAAACAACAGGCAUUUGCCCAAAACUUCUUUGAACCUUGAGGUUAUUUAGAGUUUAUGAUUUGAUUUAAACACAAUUUCAAGUCAAAAAAAAUGUAUCAACUAGAAUUUUUAAUUUAUCUGAUCAAUAAGCUUCCAAACACGAAACUAAACAAAUACUUAUUAAAACUAAUAAACUAAUCAAAAUCGUAAAUUUUAAACUAACUUGAACAAGCAAUUUAAUAACAGUUUUUUAUCCAGUUUGUAGCUAUUAGGAUUUUUAAAAACAAUAACGAAAUUUUAGUUUUAAAAACAAUAUAAGCAACGUUUCCUCCAAAUUCUAAUUUGGACAUUUUUCAUUUUAAUUUAUUGGAUAGAGCAAUAAAUACAAUAUCAGAAAAUAAAUAUUAUCACAUUUCAUUUGUCUUUUCAACCUUUUCAAUAUUAUUUCAAUCCGAACAUCAUUUACUCAGGUAAUUCAGUUUACAAACUUUAGUAAAUAUCGCUUACCAAUUUUGAAAAUAUUGAUGGAUUAAUGAAAUAAGUAAGCAUGGUUGUUUUUCCUCUGCCAUCUAUUAUGUAGUUUGUUAUUUCUACUUUACUCCAUGCUCAGAUAUUUCAUGUUUUUAGUGAACUAUUAUUGAGCUGUUUUCAAGUUACAUGGUUGCAAGGAUGAACAUUUCUGUCACUGUUGUUCAUUGUUAUUUAAAUCAUCAUGCUCAAUGUCAGCAUUAUCAUUGUUAUUUUAAAUAUUCUGCAUAAUUUUCAAAAUAAAAACAAUUUUAAAGUGACAUUUUACAAUAUCAUGCAUUUGUAAAAAGUAUUUCCUCUGAUAAGAUAUUGAAAUUCUAUCUCAAAGUAAACUGUUAUUAUUAUUUGAACAAAAAAAAAUAAGUAAGUUACAAAAAUAUACAAUUUAACAAUUAGUUUUUUAACGUGUUAUACAAAUAUUCUAGGUGAAUAUUUUUUUUUAUUCAUUCAUUGUACAAAACACUUUAAUCAAAUAUGAUUCAUUAGUACUUAAUAUUCCAAUAAAAUGUUCUACCCUUUCUAUUCUCUCAAUAGAAUCAGGAAUAAGCUUUAUUAUGUCGAAUAUCAUAAUAAUUAUAUUUGAUUGAAAAAAAAACAAGUGAGUUACAUAUACAAUAUAACAAAUAGUUUUUUAACGUGUUAUACAAAUAUUCUAGGUAAAUAUUUUUAUUUUAUUUUUAUUCAUGCAUUGUACAAAACACUAUAAUCAAAUAUGAUUCAUUACUACUUAAUAUUCCAAUAAAAUAUUCAAAUCUUGUUCUGCCCUUUCUAUUCUCUCAAUAGAAUCAAGAAUAGGCUUUAUUUUUUCGAAUAUCAUAAUAUAUUUGACAGUAAUAUGCUUGUCACAAGAUUUGCUGUAUUACCUUGCAAAGUUGGACACGGUCCAUGUGAAAGGAAGUCGUCAUUACUAGGCUUCAUGUAUAAAUAGUUUUACUGUUAAUAAGUUUGUCUUCAAAAUUAUGAUGAUAUGCACAACAAACUUCUUAUACAUUAUUUUGUUCAUAUUAGAAUUUGCUAUAUAUCACAACAAACUUUUAAUACAUUAUUAUAUCCAUUUGCUAUAUACCUAAUGUGAAACCUGUAUGAUAUUUUUAAUUUUCAGUUCAAGCUAACAACUGCAAUCAAUUGAACGUUGUGCUCAUUGCAGCAACUUAACUAUUGAUCUUGAAUGUGCUGUACUUUAUUGUUAAUUUUGAAUGAAUAUUGAAAUGAGCAUCCAUGUUUCAAAUAUGUGCCUAGUUUCGAGUAAAUGAAAAACGAACUGUUGAAAAUGCUUCAAGUGCCAGGAGUGAGGAGUGAUCUUGCCAUUGAUUGCAUCGACUGUGAUUCAUUGUAGAGAGUAACUGAUUGAUAGUUUUGAUUAGGAAAAUUGUUACAGUGGAUAGUUUAUUAUAAUUUUAUAAUUGUAAGCUAAAUUUAAACUAGUACCUUAAAUUGCAAAGCAUAAAAGUUCUCCAGUCAACGAAAAAUAAGCAAUUAUAUUUUCUUACUAAAAAUAUAAUAUUUGUUGUGUGUUGAAAUUGAUGUUGAAAACUAUUUAUAAUGUGAACCUCAAUAAUAUCCCGAAAAGAAUGGCUAGCUUGAAAGAAUUGUCCUCUGAUUGGCUGAGAAUCAUCUGUUGGUGAGAAUUAGUCAAUCAGAGAACAAAUUAUUGUGAGUUUCGGCCGGCGAUCGGCAAAUGUGAAAACGACCAAUAGCCUUUAUCCUCGAUAACAUUUUUAAAGGAUAUUGCUUCCACUGCUAAUAUUGUAUCCACAUGUAUUACAAGUACUGAAGAGUGUAAGCUAAAAUAGUUGGUCUUUUUCUAUGUAAAAUCUGAGUGAAUCUUCAUAAAUUGUAGUAGUGGACGACAAUAGUUCAUUUAUCGCUGGUGCAAAAUUUUUCUCAUUUUUUUAUUAUAAAGUUUGUUUUAGUCAUUUCAAAUCUUAUUUUCAUAAUUUUUAGCAAUUUUUAACAAUUAUUAUUAUUAGCGUAUGGCUUUGAAUGGUGGGGAGACCCAAGACUAGUUCCACCUAGCCGUAUAUAGUACAAAGUUCCCUAAUGGGAAACCGGACACUAUGGAAUGAACUUGUUUGUAUUCCUUGGAUACCUACGAAAAACUGGUCUAAAUUUCUCAUUGAUAACUUAUUAUUUUAAAACUAUAACAUAAUGGAUAAUUUUUAGUUUGUAGUCUGGCAGGGUGACAGUUCCACUCACCCACAUACCAGAUCCAGGUUUUCUCUUGUAUAAUAAGAUUCCAGCAAAUCGUACUGGCGCAUAAUAAUUUUCUGGGUCGAAAUGCUUAAUUAUGCGCCAGUACGAUUUGCUGGGAUAAUUUUUAAUAUAACACUGAAUUAUUCAACUUUUAAAAUUUAAAUAAACGCACUAAAUAUAUGUUUUUAUUUUAUGGUUUGAUUAGAAUACGCACAACCGCCGUGUUAGGCGGAUUUCACACCAAAGCUGGGCCGAGCCGGGACGAGCCGAAUCUGCCUGCGUUCGCACUGAAGCCGAUUGCCGAUUUGCUUUUUAAGAUAUUUUUUAGUUGAAUACAAAAUACUUCGCAAAUCGAACUAAACUGAAAGAAGGCAGAAUCCGCUUGGCCGAAAACGUUCGAGUUGGGCGUCAAGCCGACUGCACAAAUCUGCUCGGCUCGGCCUGGCGUUGAUUUGAAUGCUCCCGACUAAAUCCUGCAUAGUUAGCGCGCACGCGGAUUCCGCUCGGCUCGGUUCGGCCCGGCACAGCUUUGGUGUGAAACCCCACUUGAAGCUUAGCUGUGUAAGCUGAUUGAUAUUCAUUAGUCAAAACAUAAAAAACUUUAUUUUAAACUAUUUUCCUCUGGUUUAAAGUUUGUAUUAAACUGAAAUAUACUUUUCAAUUAUUCUAUUUCAAUGUAUAUUUGUGGAAAACUCAUACCACUUUGUAAUUAGUUGUGCUAAGAUUGAAAGUCGAUCAAUAUUACCAAUAAAAUUAUUACCAUGUUCAUUGAACAUAGUUAUUGAUUUCCAUUUUUUUAAAGACUGCAUUUUAAUCUUAUCGAUUGUGCUUUUGAUCGGAUAAAAAGUUACUUUUAAUAAUACAUAAAAUUAGAAUAUUUUUAUUAUAUUCCACUAAUUUUUAACUCAAUUUUAUAGUUUAUUUCUUGAUAUUUUGUACCAUACUGUGCUUCUAUAUUCAUCAAAUCAUCAAUAUAUACUCAGUUAAAAAUUAUAUACUUUUUCAUUAUAUUUGUCGCAUUUUCACUCAUUUUAAGAAUAUAUUUAUUGUACUUUUAUUUUUUAAUUCCAAUUUUGAUUCGAAGAAAAGUGACUGUCUUAGAGCAAAUCAUUCAGUCUACAUUAAUGACAGGAGGAGUUCGUAUUACACGACUAAUAUGAAUUAUGUUAGUGCUAUUUGGUAAAUUGUAUCCCAAUUUAGGAUGAUAAAUUAUGUAGUAAUUAAUGAUUAGCAUUUAACCAUUGUUUCCCAUUUUCAAGAUGUGUUAUUUUCGUUGAAAGCAAAUGUAAAGAUGCUUUAGACUAUAUUUUUCUAAUGUAUGUAAAUAUUAUAAGUUAGUGCUCUGUAGAUAAGUAACUAAAUAUGUACCGUAGCAAUUUUUAUAAUUCUGACUGUGAUAAUAAUAAUAGUUCUCAGUACUGCAAUUACUUUUUAUACUUGUCUCUAAUAUUUUAGUUGAUGUUGAAGUUUACUAUCUUUGUAGAUCACCUAAAACAGUGGUUCUCAAACUGGAAGCUUACUCUUAUGAGGAUUCAAGGCAAGAAUUCCAAAAAUGUGUGAAUAACUUUGUUUUGUAGUCUUAUAACUAUUUUCUAAAUAAUUAUCACAUCGAACGUAAACUAUAGAUCUAUAUGGAUAUCCAAUACAGUAAGAGUCAUAAAGAUUCGCAUUUAAGUUCAAAAAUGUAAAUUUUGUGAAAUGAGAACAAGGUCAGCCUCAAAAUUAUUUUUAUUUCAUUUCAUUUUUUUCUAUUGUGAAUAAAAAUAUGAAGAAGGGCCCCACACAGGAUUACCUUGGGGGUUUCAUUUAGACUUUGAUAUACAAUGUAUUGUGCAAGCGAAGGUGUUUGCUGCACCAGUUAAGAGUGUUUUUUUCUGAAAUAUUUUGUACAAUGUAUGUUGAUUGGUCGAAUAAAUAUUAUUAUUAUAUUAUUAAUUAAUAUUUGACGUUUGGUUGGUCUCCGAAAAAGGUACCAUUGUCUCGAAAUUAUUCUAAGUUUUGCAUAACUAUUAUACCGUAGCAUCACUCUCCAUAAAUGAGGACACAGAUCAAACGUUUGAGAACCCCUAAUGUGAAAAAACAUCCAGUAAUUAACUGAAUAAUUGUAUUAACUAAUCAACAAUAAUUGAGAACUAUACUGAUAUGAAUGUUCUACUUUGUAGCUUGUAGUUGUUUUUGAUGUUAAGAGAACUGUCAAAUUUUAAGCAUAUUAAUGUUGACAAAAUUAUUUGUUUACACCAUGUCUAAUACAAUAGUUAAGCACAUUAUGUCAUACCCUAAUUUUCCAGUUAUCUUUUGCUUAUAGUUUUCAAAUACAAAGUGGGAAUUCUCUC